CUUACUAGUUACUACUUAGUAUGGGCUAAGGGCAAAUGCCUAUAUUAAAUUAAAACAUGUAAAUUGUUCCUUAUUUAUUUGUAUGCAAAUAUUUAUUCAAAAACAUUGCAGAAAUGUGAUCAUUAAAUGUAAUCGUGUAUUCUAGUUUAACUAGUUCAAUGUACUUGUAAUACUUUAGUUGUGUAAUUUUGAGAAGUUAGGUAGUCUAAUGGAUUUAUGCUAUUUAUUCUUGCCAUAAAGGUUUUUAAAUUACCAGCAAAAAAUGCACAAUCUGUCCCAAAGACUGACAUUUGGCUUGUUGUUAUUACUGUUGGCAGACAUAAUAUGGAUAAUGUCAUCAAAAUUCAUUAACUUUGUUCCUUUCAAAACUGAUGAUUACAAAAAGCCGUUUUUUUUCGCCUAUACCAAAGCAUCUAUAUUUACUCUCUACUUUUUGAUAUAUAUUAUAUUUAAAGAAAUACGAAAGCCUUGUGGAAACCAAACUAAUUAUAUGUUUGUUAAUUUUGAUACAAUCGAAAAUGAAGAUGAUGACGAAGAAGAUGAUAAUGUUUUUACUGAUGAAACUGAAAGAUUAGUAAGAAUUUUGGUCAAUAUUAUUUGAAUUAAAAAUAUCUUCUUUUGAGUUCAAAAAAUUAAUCUAUAUGUGAAUUGUAGUGAUUGAUUAAUCAUGCAAUUUAUU